GAACUUUGUCACAAAACACAUACAAACAGAGACAGAAAAAGAGAGAUGGCAACAGCAACAUGUGUACUUUCCAGCAUAAAGUGUUCGACUAAUAAUCAUCCCAGAAGUGUUAAAGUAGGAGAUCUUAAGACUGCACUCUCAAGUAUUGUUAUGCCAUCAUUACAAAGGCUAGAGAAGUCAACCCUCAAAACUGAAGUUGGUGAAGCUAUCAAGAAUGGUUCAUUGGCAAUGUUAAACACCCUCGUAGAUUCAAUCUUUCAGUUUGUGGACCAACCCAUGCUUUCAUCUCAGAAAAACUUCGCUCCGGUUGAGGAGAUUGGGGAACUUGUAAAGAUUGAUUAUUGUCAAGGCGAAAUUCCAGAAGAUUUUCCGGAGGGCGUUUACAUUAGAAAUGGUUCAAAUCCUUUAUUUGGUGGUUUAAAAUCCACAAUAUCAGUUUUCGGAAAAACAGACAACGUAUGGGUUGAAGGUGAAGGGAUGCUUCAUGUUCUACAUUUCACCAAAGACACAGAUCGAAUUUGGAGCUUUUAUUAUAAAAAUAGAUAUGUGGAAACUGACACGUAUAAGAUGGAAUCAAAAAGGAAGAAACCUGCUUUCAUUCCUGUAGCAGAAGGAGAUGCUCCAGCUACAUUAGCGGGAUCAUUUUUCAAUGCGAUGAGAUUCGGCCAAGCAAACAAAAUUUAUAGCAACACCAAUGUCUUUGAGCAUGGUGGAAAGCACUAUUCUAUUGCCGAGAAUUAUAUGCCACAAGAAAUAAAUCUAAUAAGCCUUGAAACUUAUGGUAAUUGGAACCCCAGUGGAGUUUGGUCUCGACCUUUCACAUCACACCCAAAGAAAGCACCAGAAACUGGAGAACUUGUUGUGGUAGGGAUUGAUACGACAGAACCGCAUUGUGUUGUGGGUGUCAUUUCAGCCGAUGGAAAAGAACUUGUUCACAAAUUGGAUCUACAACUAGAUCAUUGUUCGCUUUUCCAUGACAUUGGUGUUACGAAGAAGUACACUAUACUGAUUGAUUUUAUGCUCACAAUGAGGCCAGAGAGGGUAAUGAAAGGAGGACAGUUAUUUAAGUACGAGAGGGAGAAAGAUGCAAGGAUUGCAGUGAUUCCUCGCUAUGGUGAAGUGGACUCAAUUAUGUGGUUUCAUAUACAACCUUGUGUUACUUAUCACCUAAUAAACUGCUUUGAAGAUGGAGAUGAGGUUGUAGUGAGAGGAUGCACAGCUAACACCACCAUUAUUCCAGGACCUGUUUGGGGCGAGGAUAAACUUGAAUGGUUCUCUAGAGGAUUUAAUUUUAAAAAUGUCGCCUCAGCCUCAAAUAACGACAAUGAUCAUAAAACGACUGGAGAUGGAAUGUUGUUUACUAGUGUUAGGGAAUGGAGAUUAAACUUGAAAACUCUAGAGGUUAUGGAGAAAGAUGUAACUGGAACUGAAUACUCAAUGGACUUUCCAAUAAUCAAUGAACAUUUUACAGGUCUUGAACAUAAAUACGGAUACACCCAAGUUAUCGACUCCCUUGCAAGCUCAAACUCAGGGAAAUCUAAAUAUGGAGGAUUAGCAAAAUUAUACUUUGAAGAAACAGAUAGUGAAGGAAAUGUAAAGAUGGAGUAUCAUUGGUUACCAAAAAACAACUUUUGCACAGGAUCUACAUUUGUGGCCAAGACAAAGGCUGUAGAGGAAGAUGAUGGUUGGGUUGUUACUUUUGCUCAUGAUGAAGACAGUGACACUUCUUAUGUACUAGUUGUUGAUGCUAACAACUUUGGGAAUGAGCCUAUUGCUAUAAUAAACCUCCCUCAACGCGUGCCUUAUGGUCAUCAUGGAUCUUUCUUUUUAUCUACAUAACCAACCAGCGGAAUCUAUCAAGUCUUAUAAAGUAUUUUAUAUUUGAAUAUAAUCAGCUUCUUUUAAUGUAUUUUAUUGUUGAAUAUGAUCGAUUUCUCUUAAGGAUGCAGCAUAACCAGUGCUAGCAUUAUGGUCGUUUGUUAUUCAAAACUUGAAUGAAAGAUGUGAUGAUUAAUAGCAAUUUCAUUUCUUCAUAAA